AUGCCCCUCCCUAAGCUCAGUCCACUUCAAUCGCGGCUUGCGGCCUCUCUUAUAGCAUCCGUAAUGCUCUUGCUAUUGUACUUUACGUUCUCAUUUCCUCAUUUCGCAUACGCCGCCGAUGUCGAUUCAAUACAACCAGAAGACCAUAACCACGAACGAUUACUGGGGGGGCCGGUACUGGACGUUGAUCUCGAAUCGUUGGAAUUGGGAGACAUAUCGUACCAGUCGGAAUUUGUGGGGGUCGAUCGAGGCAUCAUUGGAAGGACACCUACGGCGGAUGAUCCUACUGGAUUGACCAACAAUGACCCGGUUACGAUCAACAUCGAAUUGGGGCGCACAGUGUCAUAUGUGUUCACCAACGUUUCCUUAUAUGGUGAGAAAUCGAAAACCGAGCCAUUCCUUCCUGUACCGCGGUACCCAAGACGAUCGUUGGUAGAUGGGGAAGAAGAACCAGAAGAUGUGGACGAGGAUGAAGAGGGAUUCGCUUCUAAUAAGUUGGCCCUGCGGCAGUCGAGCACUGGCGGGAAUCGAACAUUAUACGUUUCCGUUACGGCUUGCGGCCAACCUAAGCCAGUCCAAAAUACAACAACGAGCCCUCCGCCGCAGCUUCAGCUUUAUAUAUCCCAGACAUCAGAUAAUAAGAAUCCUGGCCCUGGUAAAAGCCCUCAGGUGAUGGUCGAGUUGGUGGAGGGAUAUGGGAUGUACGAAAUGAAUGCCACAGGGGACGUCUUCAUCGGGGUUUACGGGAAGAACGAUACAGCGUAUACUGGGCCAUGGAGCGCUCAAAUUGCGGCUUCUAUCGAUGCUCCGUUCCACUACUAUCACAACAUUUCGGAUCCGAACUUGUUACUGGUUGACAGUGAUAGCAGCUCUGCGUUUCUGGUCGCGGACAAUCCAAUGAAGUUUGAUAGUUAUAGGAAUUUUGACAAGUGGUCCAAAAUCUCGCCCCCUUAUGUCUUGUUUGCCAGUAACGCCCAGGAUCAAGCAAUCCAGGGACUUCGGCAUUCAUACUGCGGUCUGGCAAACAGUCCUGGGACGAUAGCACCUGAUCGGCCUGGGCAGACAAACAACCAAGUACAGUUCUGGUGGGACAAAGAGAUGACCAACCCACUGCCCAGGCAGAAAUUUUAUGUCAGCCAAUUGUCUGGGGCAACAAAGUACAAUGCCAUUCUUGCAGUCAGAGGAAACUCAACCAGUGCGGAACCGGGGGUUGUCGGGGGCGGUGGACAAGUGUUUCGCCAGACCGAUUUCAGUACACUAUCAGAAAGCAACUGUGCUCUGGUUUCCAACCUGACAUUGUGCAAUCAGAUUUCAUACUCUGUGCCCGCCAACCCCACAUUGUUCCCAAACACCAGCGCGUUGGCAGCUUUCUAUGAGAACUACACUACUACCUACUGGAAAUUCUUCCAAAACGCCAUGUCGAUGGUUCCGUGCGAAACCACCCCCUCGGCACAAUACUCGCUCGCAACCGACUGCACGCGUUGCGAGGCAGCAUACAAGGAGUGGUUUUGUGCAGUUAGCGUACCACGCUGCAAAGGGUUCUCGGCAACGUCGUCAUGGCUUCAACCGCGUGCAAUGGGCCAACCAUUCCCCGACGGGACAUUCCUCGACGCUGAGCAACUUGCGGUUGCAGGCCAGUCCAAAUCGCUGAAUAACUCGCGAAAUCCCACGAUUGACGCGAUGAUCAAGCCCGGCCCGUACAAAGAAGUACUUCCCUGUGACCGAUUGUGCUACAAUGUAGUUCAGAAUUGUCCUGCUUCGUUGGGAUUCAACUGCCCGCUGCCGGGCGAUAUAGGAUUUGCAACGAGUUACUUUGACACGAGCCAACAAGUUGUAGUUCUCGAUCCAAAUUCGACCCAAACCCAGAUGAGAUGUAAUUAUCCGGGGUCGAUCGUCGGCCUUGGGGCUGGUGGUCGGGCAUUACCACCCCAGGGCUUGGCCGUCUUGCUGUUGGUGGUGCUGGGGCUAAUGUUUGUAUGA